AUGGGCAACAGCAACAGCAGAGUAACCGCCCAAGACAAAGCAAUCCUAGACCUAAAACUCCAGCGCGACAAACUGCACCAAUACCAACGACGCAUCCGGCACCUAACCGACGCCGAAACUAAUAUCGCGCGGCGCCUGCUCGCCGAAGACGACAAGCCGCGCGCCCUGCUCGCCCUCCGGCGCAAGAAGUACCAAGAGUCCCUGCUCGCAAAGACAGACGCCCAACUAGAACAGCUCGAGGCGCUGACGCGCAACGUCGAGUUCGCGCUCAUCCAGAAGGACAUCGUGUUCGGCCUGCAGCAGGGCACGCGCGUGCUCAAGGAGAUCCACGCCGAGAUGGGCGGGAUUGAGCAUGUCGAGAAGCUUAUGGGGGAGUCGGCGGAUGCGGUUGCUUAUCAGAAGGAGGUGAGCGAGAUGCUGGGCGGUCGCAUCACGAACCAGGACGAGGACGAGGUCGAGGACGAGAUGGCCGCCCUCGAGCUCGAGAUCAACGGGCCGGCACACUUGCCCGAGGUCCCCAAUACGACACUACCCGAACCCGACGUCGAGGAGCAGGAACCAGAGGCGGCGCCAGAAAGGCAACCAGAGAGGCAGCUGAUGCCCGCCUCAUGA